GUACUAACCAUAUCAAACAAAAUGGGCUUACAAAUUUCUGUAAUCAAUAGAACGUAGGACGCUAUGCUUUCAGAAAAAUCUCUGGACACCUGCAAAGACAAGUACAAAAGGAAAGAGGAAUGUUUUAGGAGAGAAAAAUAUUCCAAGCUUAUAAACAUGGAAUGAGAUACCCCGAUUUCACAAUUGCGGCUCGUGCAGUUGGUGGUCGUUACAGUAUCUCUGGGUAGGACGGUGUGUUUAUGUCUGCCGUAAGGAAUGACAGGUGUUGAACAUUCGUGUCUUUGAAGAUAUAGACUACUGUGUCUAAAUAAAAUUAGUCAUGGGGACUGGUGAGAUGAGCGAAAGUGAAAUGCUGGACGUCGUCGAGGCACGGAUAACACUGUUGGAAAAACAGAUUUUGGGAAAGCGAGACGUUCCAGAAAAUUACACGCCUGUAUCAGAAGCAAUUUCACGGACAAGCAGCCACUUGCAGAGUGCUAUAUCAGGUCGAGAAAAAAUUACUGGCGUCAUGAAAAGAUUAUCAGAACUCGAGAAAUAUCUUAACCCUAGUAAUGAUAUGUUGGGUGCGGCUGACAUCGAUGCUAUGUAUCAAACUAUACUACUUUCUGAGCCACUGUUAAGGAAUAAUGUUGUACUUUUAAAUCAGAUAAAGGAACUAGAACCAGUACUAAAUAGUGAACAUACAAAAAAUGUGCCAGCACUGUCUAAGCGACUUGAACAAUUAGCUCUUAAAAAUUUAGAACUUAAAGAUAAAGCAGACGAUUUAUGUGGAAACUUUCGUGAUUACAUACAAGAGUAUAAUAGCGCUAUUACAGAAAUAUCGCGUUUACUUGUGAAAUUCGAUGCAUGUCUUACUCGGUUGGAGAUUGAAGCUCAGCCCAAGGUCAUUGAUGACUGAUGUUACCGAGUUCCGAAUGUCUUUCAAGCCUUUUAGUCUAGCUAUCAGCACUGGUGUCAUAACGGACGAAUUGCAUCUGUGGACACAGUAGAUCAAUUUGUGCACACCAUUUAAUAACUUUGCAAAUCUACUUGUGAAAACUAAUUAUACAUAUGUGAUUGCAGGAACUUUGUGUUUAGUUCAUUAAGCUUGCAUUGUCAAUCGAUUAUUUCUGAAAAUGUGAAUAAAAAGUUAACGUA